AUUUGGAGUUUUGUUUUGGAUUUGACCUUUUUUUUUUGUGUUUAUCAGAUAAAAAUUCGUUUUCCCACACAAACAAAACAAAAAAAGGCUUUGAAGUAUUAUAAAUCACCACGGAAAUCAAUUUCGCGGCGAAAUCAAUCUGUACCGAAGAAGCAACCACCGCGUUAUGGGAAUUACCGGAAGCUUAACUCCAGAUCAGCUCGAGUUUUUUCACUCUCAAGGGUAUUUGGUAAUCGAAUCGUUCGCGAGUGAGGAUGAGAUUAGAGGCUUAAGGAAGAGGAUGGAUGAGUUGCUCACUCAGUUUGAUUGUUCUGUUUCCUCCAUUUUCUCCACUAAAAAUCAGAAGAAUACAACCGAUAAUUACUUCUUUGAGAGCGCUGAGAAAAUCUCCUUCUUCUUUGAAGAAAAAGCUUUUGGUGAUGAUGGGUUAUUGAAGCAACCGAAAGAGCUUUCUAUAAACAAAGUUGGCCAUGCACUGCAUGAGCUUGACCCAUUGUAUAAGGAAUUCACAUAUUCAUCAAAUUUUUCAAGUUUGGUAUCAUCCUUAGGUUACAGGAGACCAGUAGUCAUGCAGUCUAUGUACAUUUUCAAGCAACCUGGAAUUGGAGGCGAGGUCGUACCGCACCAAGAUAAUUCCUUUGUGUACACAGAUCCACAGAGUUGUACUGGUCUCUGGAUUGCUUUAGAAGAUACUACAACAGUUAACGGUUGUCUUUGGGCAAUUCCUGGAUCUCACAAGAAUGGUCUAGUUAGAAGGUUUAUCCGGGGUGAAACUGGUGUAACCUUUGAUCAGCCAUCCCCAUCUUACGAGCAGAAAGAUUUUGUGUCUAUAGAAAUGAAAGCAGGCUCCUUGAUUGCCAUUCAUGGUGAUCUAAUUCAUCAAAGUUUCGAGAAUCUAUCCCCCAAGUCAAGACAUGCCUAUAGCUUACAUGUAGUAGAAUCUGAUGGAUGUAAAUGGGCAAAAGACAACUGGAUACAAAGAGAAAACAUGCCGGAGCCUCUCUAUGUUCUUCCUUGAUUCAAGUUAGUCGUGGAAAAACAUUGGAGUUGCUGUUGUGAGAACUAUGAAAGUAAUAAGAACAUGGCUAAUAGGGCCUUCUUGUGUCAUAUUUGUUGAAAUACAAUUUGUUUCUGCUUUGGUCUCUGUAGUUCUGUCUUUAGAUAACCAAACUCGUGGGUGGUUACUUUGUUUCUGUACAUUCACGGUAAUUAAACAUUGAAGAAAGUAAUAAGAAGAAGUUAGGACCCGUAAAGAUUUUAA